AUCUGUGGAAUGCGCACCAGGAAGGUAAACAAACACUUGAAAUGCGUUGGCGAAAUUGUACAGUAUUUUGUAAAACUGUAACAUGUAAUAAUAUGUGCAAUGAAAGUGACUAUUAGCCCAAGUUGUCGCAUUGAAUGAAACAUAUAAAGCAGCUAUUGUAGUUAGCAUGUUUUGUUUAUAAUGAUAAUACUUAUAUAACUGCUGGUCCGGACGCCAGUGUCUGUCGCAGUACAGUGUUCAAAUCUACGAGGCGACAGUUACACAGUUACAUCUCAAAAUUACAACCCCGCACUGAACAGGUUGUGCAUGAUGGAAAGUGCUAACAGUAGCAUCGCCUAUAAAAUGAGAAGAAGGACACGAUCAGAGGAAAAGACAGUGAAAUCCCGUAUUGACCGUCGAAGAACCAGGAUUGGCUUUCUGUCUCACUUGCAAGACAGCGAUGAUGAUUCAGAUUUGGGUUUCAGCAGCAAAGCUUCAGAUAUCCAGUCCCAGUUUGGCGAGAGUGAUUCUGUUAGCUCUUCCAGCAGCAGGGCAGAAGAGGGGAACCCAAGUCAGGAAAACCCUGUCGGAGACGACUGUGACAGGGAGUGUGUAGCACCCAAGAACCGGCGCAAAAGGACCUCUUCAAACGCUUUUCUUGAGAGCGACAGCGAAUCGAACAGUGGCACUGAGGGAGCCCCAGUCAGGAAGUGCAAAGCGAAAAAGCGUUAUGCUUCCUUUAGAGAAGAUUCUGAGGCAUCUGAUGAAAAUACAGAGUGUGAUAAAUCUUCUUUUAAUGAAAAGAAGGAGAGAGAGGACAGUAACAGGGUAAAAGAGAGACAGAUUAAGCUGAAACAGCUUUCGCAGAAGAUAAGGGCCAGAAGAGGAAGCUACAGCAAUGUAACAUUGGAGGACUCUGAUGAUGAAUCAUUUCAAGGUUACCCAGCCACACUGUCAGAAAGCAACAGUGAUGAGGAGAAUGGCAGCAUGAAAGAUUUUAUUGAUGAUGAUGAAGAAAAAGAGGAGAAUGGUGGUGCUGAGUUUGAAAUAAAAGACGAGGCACCAGCAGAACAAUUAUUUAUGACAAACCACAUUCCACUUUUUUCAUCAUGCAGUCAUUACUCCCACUUCCAGACUGUCGUCAAAGCGCUUCUUAUCAGUGCACUCGACAAAACCUUCCUAAAGUCUGUCUAUGAUGGCACCCGAAGGAAAAGGUAUGCACAGGAAAUGAGGACUUCACUUCAUUACUUUGAAGAACGCUUUGUUCUGCCCCGGCUUGAGAAUUUAAAACAAAGGAGUCGGUGGAAGGAACGAUACAAGGAGCGUGUGGAGUGCUACCCAAGCAUGAAGGUCGUUUCUAUUGGAGUCCGACGUGGACCAUGUCAGGCCUGUGAGAUGCACAGGCACAGCAAGUACAUGGUCAUCCUGUCAGGACAGCAAUAUGACCCCAAAACACUGGUGGACGACAACUUCAUGCCACACGACAAACAAGGUUUGAACGUUGGCAGUGUUUGUGUUGAGCGGACUCAGGUCUAUCAUCGGCUGAGGCAUUUCAAAUACCACCUGUUCAAGCUGUGCUGCUCUGUGCUGGAGCAACAAGAACAUCAUGAGGAUGAACCUGUGAAGGAUGUGGUUUUGAGGGUGUACUCUCUAUUGGAAGGUCAAGGUUGGAUUAAAAAGCAGUAUGAUCAGUUUGAAGAUUGUCUAAAUGAUGCAGAUUACUUCCAGGAGGAGAAGUUGGAUUAAAUGCUGUUAGCAUGUAGCGGUUUGCCUUUUGCAUGCUGUAAAACGGGUCUUGUCAAGACAAAUUUCACGCCGUUGACAGCAAUGUGUACAUAAUAUUUAUUUUUCUAUACUAUAUAUAGAAUUUAAGAAUUGUUUUUUGUUUUUACUUUCUCUUCAUUUUAAGUUGUUAAUUUGAGACCGCAAAAAUAUAAACAUAAUUUACAGCUGUAAUGACUGUGAAAUAUUCCAUUUUUUUGGAAUUCUGAUCAUUACAAAUGUGUGGUUUCAUGCUGUUCAGAUCCAGUACUUAAAUCAAACAUUCUUAUGGUGUAACUUAUUUUUACAAUUUUUACUUUGCCUUUAUCGACUUGUAAUUUAUUUAUUUUUCUGUCUUUAGAAACACAAAAAGAAACAGAAAACACAGAACCCUAUUUAAUGUUUAUCCCCAGCAGAAAUUAUUUUUUUUAUCUCUAGUUGUGACAUGACAGCUCCAUAUCCAAUUGUGAUGACACCUGAUACAGACCUUGCUUAGAAGUUAAGAAUUUGCACACUGACGAAAAAAUUGUCA